AUUAGUCAUCGAUAAUUCUGAACUAGAUUUUGACCCGCGCAGACGCGCGGAUGUAUAUUUUGAAAAAUAUGUUGAUAUUUGUUUUUUCAUGUAAUUAUUAGGGUUUUACAAAAUGAAUCCAAGGAACAGAACAAAUACCGAUCCGAAAAUAUAGUACCAAACCCGAACAUAAAUUGAUUAAAUAUUCGAAUUAUUCAAAAUUUUGUUAUUUAGAGAACCAAAUCUGAUUCGAACCGAAGUAUUCGGGUACCCGAAUUUAUCUAAAAAUAGAUUUAUAUACUUAUAUAUAUAUAUUAAUUAUUUUUAGAUUUAAAAUAUAUAAAACAUUAAGAAUGAUACUUUUAAAUUGGUUUAUAUACUUAAAUAUAUAUAUAUAGAUAGUCAAAAGUAAAUAUCUGCAAUAGUUAAAGUAUACUCAAAUCACCAAAAAUACGUAAAAUAAUUAUUGAUUCCGUAUCCAAAAUUGUAAAUCAAGCCAAUGGAUAUGUUAAGCUUAAGUAUUCUAAUAUAUGUUAUUCAAAUUUAUAGGUAAUAUAUUAUUUUAUUUAUAGAUUUUGAGAAAUUUAAAAUAGAUAAUGAUUUAAAACUUUAAAAAUAAUUUAAAUGGGUUAUCCAAACGUGAACCAAACCCGCAAAGAUCCGAAUCAAACUCAAACCAAAAUUUAGAAACAUCCUAACAUGGCUUAAAUCUUUGACUCCGAAAACUCGAAACACAAACCGAUCAGAACCAAAACCCGUAUGGGUGCCCGAAAUCCCAUCCCUAUUCAUUAUUAUAUAUCGUAUACUGUCAUCAUAUAAUUAAUCAUAUUUUAUACGUACCAUCAUAUAAAUAAUCAUAUAAUUAAUAGUAUUUUAUAUGUACCAUCAUCUAACCUAUACUAAAAGGGUUAUAUGAGCAUCAGAGAAGCUGUCCACGUAGGACAAUUAAAUCAGCCAAUCAAGUGAUUUCUUUUUGACACGUCAUCAAGCCCAGCUCCGUGCUUUGGUUCUUCUUCACGCCUUUUGCGAUCCAAGAGGUUCGACGUUUCCCUUUUUCAUUUUUCCAGAUUCUGUUUUGCUAGAUCGAAUCGUGAAACCCUUUGCUUUUCCUCUCUUAAUUCACGUUAUCCGGUGAUCCUAAAAGAAGUGUUAUUCUAUCUCGAAGGAUUCCGAGGAGAUCUAAACGCAGCGAUGGAGGCUUGCCGCAGAAAACCUUGCCGUCGCCGGCUCAACCUCCGUCUGAGAACCAGAGAACCGCGGCGGAGGAACAAAGGAGAAACGAGAAGAUCGUGAGAUUCACAGAACUGAGCCGUGGUAUCUGCACGAGUUCUAAGGGAAUGAAGGAUCGGCCGAUACGAUGCAUGACGUCUUCAGGAACGUCAGAAGGAAGAGGAGAUCAGAAGGAAUCUGGUUGUCUGGUUCUCAGACAGAGGUUGUGAUGAAUCACUUGGAGCUCUUGGUGGCGUUUGGUUCACUGAAGGAUUUUCUUUUUGAUGGUUGUGAACAGGUCAGCUAUGGGAGAGAAGAAGCUUGCAGAUAGAGUCAGCGAAGAGCAAGUAAAGAGAAUUGAAUUGAUGGUUUCUGAUGUUGAUGCGAGGGAUACCGAAGAUGAGGUCUUUGAGGAAGCUAUCGACAGUUCGAAGCCUGAAUCUUUCCAAGCCGAUGAUGGGUUACACGAGGAUUUGCCUUCAGAGGAAGUGAAAGUGCCAGAGGUUAAUGGAGAGAGCCAUGGUGAGGCAAACCUGCAACAUAUAACUACGGGAGAGGCUGUACCAGGUUUUGUGACUUCCCAAAUGAAUGGUGAUGAAGGGGAAGCAGGUGCAGGGAAUGUCAGCGAGACAGCUACACUUUAUUUUUCUGAAAAUGGAAUCGUCUCCCCUGAGAAGAAAGCUGUUCUCCUCUCUUUCGGGUCAGAGAAGGAAGAGAAGAAGCUUGGAGACAAUAGAAUCAUCCAUGACCAAGUAGAGAACAAUAUAUUACUGGUUUCUGAUGUUGUCUUUGUGGAAGCUAUUGACGGUUUCCAAGCCGAUGAUGGGUUGCACGAGGAUUUACCUUCAAAGUCAACUCCUGAACAUUCCACGGAUGAUCUGGAAGAAGAGAAUAGCAAUGACAAGGAAGUGAAAGAUUCCAAGGUUAGUGGAGAGACCCAUGGUGAGGCAAACCUGCAACAUAUAACUGAGGGAGAGGCUGCACCAGGUUUUGUGACUUCCAAAAUGAAUGGUGACGAAGGGGAAUCAGGUGCAGAGAAUGCGAACGAGAAAGUUACAUGUUCUUUUCCUGAAAAUGGAAUCAUCUCUCCUGAGAAGAAACAGCUGGUGGCUGAAGUGAUCGAGGAAACAAGGAAUGAUGGUACUGAAGAGGAAAACAAGGAGGAAAAUGUUGAUGUAUCAGCUGGUAUGGAAACAGAACAAGAGGCUGGGAAACGUGAAGGAGCGGAUAAGGAUUGCUUUGAGAAUGAGUCUGGGGCACAAAGAAAUGGUGAGACUGUUGCCGAAUACACCACUGUUAAAUAUGCUUCAGGUGAUAGCAUUCAAGUAGCUUCGGGUGAGAAAUCCUUGAAUGAUAGUAUUGAAGUAGCUUGCGCUGGGACUUCAUCUCCAUUGGAGGUGGAAUAAGCUGUAAGGAUGUCACAGAGAUUGGUAAUCCCCAUCUCCCUUAAAGAGUUUAGUAGCAACAAGUUAUAGUUUUAAUCUUUGUUUAUUCUCUGCAGGUGGAGACCUGGUAUUGGCAAGACUCAGAUUGGGUAAGAUAUGCUUCACUUCACGUUAGUGCAAUCACUAUAUAAUCUACCUCUCCACAUCCAAUUUUGCCGAGGAGAAGAAGAACUACGACGUAGAAUCUAUAUUUCCCCGGUCAUGCCAAUGUCAUCAACUCUGGAUCAAGGUGGCUCUCAUCUCUCCCCCUCAUAAGAAUAUUGAUUCUGUGUGUGUAAAUUUGAAUAUUUUUUCUUGAUUGGAUGCAGUGGAGUAGUAUUUAGAGUUGUAAUAUAUUAGUUUGAGCUAAACCUUUUUUUUUGGUUUUAACUUUUAAGCUUUCCUGCUGAAUUCUUCCUGACCUUAUGUAUACUUUGUUUUUCUGUAGUAUGAACUUCUUUGAAACUUAUGAAUUCUCACCUCAGUUAAUGACGAGGUCGUCAAAAAAACCUAUAAGUAGUCCAAGAAGGUAAAUUUAAUAGUCCUAAACUGUUUUUUGUGUUUUCAACUGCAGAAGGGUAAGUGACAAUCACUUCUAGGAACCAUCUCAGAGUGUAUUGGCAACUGGUCUCAUCUUAAAAAUCUGUAAGGCCAGCAUUCAUCAAAAAAAAUUAUUUAUCUUUUACUUUGUAUCUCUGCAUCAUCUAAACUGUUUCAGUUAACCAUAUAAUAAACAAUUGCAGUUGAUUAGCAAAUGGAAACUAAAGCAGGACUCAUGUUUAAAGCGAUUUUUUUUUUUUGAUAAGACUGGUAUAAGCAUCAUCCCAAAUCUUAUCCAGAAACGGCAACAAUGCCCUGUAUUUUUUGAUGUUUCAGUGACCAUUUCUAAAAGCCAUGUGUCAGUGACUUUCACCGAUUGUAACGACUUGGUGUAACUGUGUGCAGGCACAAUAGAACACAAACUGUGUGUGAUCUGGCGUGUAGAAAAGGACUUGACGUCCUCGACCUUCCACCUGAUAUCCAACCACACUUGAGAAGGAGUAGUUCAAGAACCAUCAUUGUCUCUAAAAUCGUACAUAGGAAAACUCUCCAUAAGUUUGGGGCAUGUAACUGUUACACUGAUACGUACUCCUGCAGGAUAUGUACAUUCUUAUAGGUUCAUUUUCUUUAUCUUAUUUAGAUUAAAGGGGCAGUAACCUUGAAUAAGAUGAUAGGGAUGGGUUUUCCUUUGUUAGACGUGAUAUACCCAUAACCCGCCACUAGCGCUGAAAAGCCUUCUGGCUAAGAUUGUGAAGUUGUUCAGCCGUCUACUAAGCUUCUGCCAGUUGCUCCGAUGGGAGUUGUUGGUCGGAGGUGAAUGUAUCUUUCACAUAAUUGGAAUCGCACAUGACAAAUCAAGUUGGCUUCUCGAUGACUUCCUGCAGUCAUUUAUGAAAGCUCAUGGACCUCUGAAGAUAUCAGCAAUUGGGAAUUGGUCAGUUCUCUUACAGUGUCAGAUGAAUUUCUGUGCUGCUAUUGUGCCAAAUACCAAACGUAUCAGUGUUAAACUUAGUAAAGCUAAUACAAUCCAAAUUUUCUUCUUUGUAUGUGUUCUUUACAUUAAAAGAACAAGAUUCUCCGGUGAGAUCGAGUUGAGAUACCUCAUCGGCAAAACCUUGAUGGAACCAUUUUUAUAUGCUUCUUCUGAGUAAUCUCUGGCUACAAGAUUCUGAAAUCGUAACUCGAAGCUCCAUGGUAUAGACCCAAAACAAUGUGUACGUCAAAAGCUAAUGUGCCACAUAAUUUUUUUUGUUAUGUUUGGUGUAAAACCACACUUUUUUCUUACGUCUAUUAUCUUCAAAUUGUCUGGUUGAUACAAACAUAACAAAACAUAACAAAACUAUGUGCUUACAUAGUUUCUCAAAUUUUGGCAUUCUUUUUACUACUUAGAUGAAUGAUAUGUAACUCGCUAAAAACAUAUAUUAUUACGACAAAAAAAAAACACAUAUUCAUAUAUGUUUAUUCCACAUAGAAUAUGUUAUAGGUCAAAAAGUUUGUAGGUGUUGUGUCAACCUCCUACUAAGCUAAUCGUGCAUGCAAAUAAUCACCAUAAUCCUCAAUGCUCACCAUUACUGAUCAUCUUGCUUAGCCCCUGCCUUCCUCAUCUUAACGAGUAAAAACAAUUUAAUUUUUGUUAAAUAUAACAACAUAAUCAUUUUAUCAUAUAAAGAAUCUAAACAUAAGAGCAUGACCAUCUGCCAGUAUCUGAAUUUGAGUAUUUGGCUCAUUUAUUAUUAUUAUUUUAUUAUGAUUAUAUUAAGUAAUUAAGUUUUAAUUAGAAAAGAAAAAUGAAAUCAAUAAAAAAAAGACAUGUAGGCAGUAGAGGUUCAGUAUAGAUUCUAAAAACUGUGGUUUAAGAUACUCUUUUUUUUUAUAUUUUUAAUUAUUUAAUAAUAUAUUUGUGGAUAGACAUUCUUUUUCAUCCUCCUUCCAUUUCCAGGCCUUGUGGAUGCUCUAAAAAGGAAAAAAAAAUACACUAAAAGAGAUGAACCUUAAUAGAGAGUGUUGUGACCAAAACUCAUCUCUGUUUUUUUUUUGUUGCUAAAUUGUAAAUGUCAUUGCAAGGUUUGGUUACAUGUUAAUGCUACCCAAUUUGCUUUUUAGCAAUUCUGAAAGUUUAGGGGUAAAUAUUGCUUUUCAGCCAUUGUAAAACUCAUCUCUGUUGGUUUGGUUGAGGUAAAUAUCUAUGUGUCUUAUGUAUAGUUAUGAUGGAAUGAGGAAGUUAUCAAGUUAUCUCCUAAGAAUCAUGUAGAUGUUUCUCAUACUUGGGCUACAUGGCUUCAUGUAUCGGCAGUCGGAAUCGGGAGAGUAUCGUCAAAGCUAUCUAUGAAUGUUAUUUAGCACUUAUAUAAUUCCUGAUCAUACUUGAAUAAGAAAAAUAUAGUGGGAGAUCAUAUUCCAAGAUUGAAAAUUUUAACAAUUUGACUUAACAAAUCUAGAAACUAUAAAACCAAAAGUUGUUGUUAAACGAGACUUUCUAAAAAGAAAAGAAAAAUAUUCAUUUCGGUUUAACUAAAAAAAAUAAUUUCCAGUCAAGUAAAUUCAGCUAUUAUAUUAUAAAAUUUAUUUAUUUAAAAUUAAUUUGAAUACAAUGUAAAACGAUAAAAAAUUACAUAGAAGUAAAAAAUAAAAAAUUUAACAAAUU